AUGAGGUCUCGAGCAGAAAGGAACCGCUUGACCUUGUUUUGGGGUCUGAUGCUGGGUCUGUCGUCCUGCCUCCGGCCCGCCACCGCAGAGAUCUGUGGUCCCAGCAUCGACAUCGGCAAUGACAUCAGUGAAUUCAGGCGUUUAGAGAACUGCACAGUGGUGGAGGGCUACCUGCAGAUCCUCCUCAUCGGUGACAAAAACAGCAAUAAUAUCAACCUGGAACACUUCCGCUCCCUCAGCUUCCCCAAGUUGACCAUGAUCACUGACUACCUGCUGCUAUUCCGGGUGUCUGGCCUGGACAGUCUAAGUGCGCUCUUUCCCAACCUUGCCGUCAUCCGAGGACGUAACCUGUUCUACAACUACGCCCUUGUAAUAUUUGAGAUGACCAGCCUGAAGGACAUCGGCCUGUACAACCUGCGUAACAUCACCCGUGGUGCCAUCCGCAUUGAGAAGAACCCUGAGCUGUGCUACCUGGAGUCUAUAGACUGGUCACUCAUCUUGGACGCGGAGUUCAACAAUUACAUUGCCGGGAACAAGCAGUCCAAGGAGUGCAGUGAUGUUUGUCCAGGCAUCAUGGAGAAUAGUCCGCAGUGCAGAAAGACCAUGUUCAACAACAACUACAACUACCGCUGCUGGAAUUCCAAUCACUGCCAGAAAGAAUGCCCUGAGAAGUGUGUGCAGCGAGCGUGCACAGCGGGCGGCGAGUGCUGCCACCCUCAGUGUCUAGGCAGCUGCACAGUCCCCUUUAACGACACAGCAUGUGCAGCAUGUGUGCAUUACUACCACCAAGGGCGCUGUGUGGCCGACUGCCCUCCCGGCACCUACAAGUUCGAGGGCUGGCGCUGCAUCAGUGCCGAGCUUUGCUCCAAAGUCCACCUCCCAGAGUUCGACAGCUUCAUCAUCCACAGUGGAGAGUGCAUGCCCGAAUGCCCGUCUGGGUACACGCGCACUACACCCAACAGUAUGACCUGUACAGCCUGUGAUGGUCUGUGUGAUAAAGUGUGUGAGGAGAAGGUCAUUGACUCCAUGGACGCUGCUCAGUCUCUCAAAGGCUGCACUGUUAUUAAGGGCAACCUGCAUAUCAACAUCCGCCGAGGCCACACAUGGUGGCAGAGCUUGGAGAGUUCCACUGGUUUAAUUCAGAGGGUGACGGGAUACGUGCGGAUCCGAAACUCUCUCACUCUGAGCUCCCUGGCCUUCCUCCGCAGCCUCAGAUACAUCGACGGAGAAGAGCUUCUGGAUGACAUGUACGCCUUUGCAGCGUAUGACAACCAGCAGCUCCAGUAUCUUUGGGACUGGAAACAGCACAAUCUCACUAUCAAAACAGGGAAGCUGUCCUUCAGAGGCAACCCGAAGCUGUGCAGGUCUGAGAUCCGCAACAUGUGGAACAAAACGGGUAUCCAGGGCCGCUUUGAUGAGAGCGAUUUCCGAAACAACGGCGAACGAGCCAGCUGUGAAAGCACUAUCCUGACGUUUAAGUCCAACACCACCAGCAGCACACGGAUCAAACUGAUCUGGCAGCGGUACCGGCCUCCUGACUACAGGAACCUCAUCAGCUUUAUUGUCUACUACAAGGAGGCGCCAUUCCAGAACAUCACAGAGUUUGAGGGGCAGGACGGCUGUGGCUCUAACAGCUGGAACAUGGUGGACGUGGAGCUGAGGCUGGACAAGAACUCUGACCCUGGUGUUCUGCUGUCUGGUCUGAAACCCUGGACGCAGUAUGCCGUCUUCGUCAAGGCUAUCACGCUGAUGGUGGAGGACAAACAUAUGCCGAGUGCCAAGAGCAAGGUUGUCUACAUCCGCACAAGCCCCUCAGCGCCCUCCAUGCCCCAGGAUGUGCGGGCAUACUCUAACUCCUCGACGCAGCUGCUUGUGCGUUGGUCUCCCCCCCUCGCACCAAAUGGAAACCAGACUUAUUACCUGGUCAGAUGGCAGCAACAAGCCGAAGACAGAGAGCUGUACCAACACAACUACUGCUCUAAAGAGCUGAAGAUUCCCAUAAGGAUUGCUGCCAUAGGUGUGGGAGACCAGGAAGAAGACACCAAGCCCACUAAACCGGAUCCUGAGGGGGGAGAUAAAGGUCCCUGUUGCCCCUGCCCCAAGUCAGUGGAGGACCUGGAGGCAGAAGCUGUUGACGCCUCUCUCCGAAAGGUCUUUGAAAACUUCCUGCACAACUCAAUUUUUACAGCAAGGCCUCAUGAUCGUCGCCGCAGAGAUCUCUUUGGCAUCGCCAACUCCACUCACUCCCACCGCAACCGUCUGCACACCAACAGCAGCAAUGUCCCUCCUCUCCAAGCCGCUGUUAACAGCAGCACCCUGGCUGAUGUGGAGCCAGCGGACAGAGAGUUUUCUUUCACGGAGCAAGCUGUGACGGAGCGCAGGCUGCAGAUCUCUGGCCUGCAGCCGUUCACUGUGUACCGCAUUGACAUUCACGCCUGCAAUCGACAGGUCCAGCGUUGCAGUGCGGCAGAGUUUGUCUUCUCCAGAACCAAGCCUGCAGAAAAGGCUGAUGACAUUCCGGGCCAGGUGACCUUAGAGGGCCAUGAGGACUGGGCGUUUCUGCGCUGGCCAGAGCCACGUCGACCCAAUGGACUCAUCCUCAUGUAUGAGAUCAAGCUUAAGCUGGCUGCUGAGACUGAGAAACACGAGUGUGUCUCCGGUCAGAUGUAUCAGGCCCAGCGUGGCGUUCGGCUUUCCAACCUCGGUCCAGGAAACUACUCAGUCAGAGUGAGAGCCACGUCGUUGGCUGGCAACGGCUCCUGGACACACGUUGUGGAUCUCUUUAUAGCUGAAAGAUAUGAAAAUGUCCUCUAUGCUAUGAUCUUCAUUCCCAUCGCCAUCAUCCUCUUUAUCUGCCUGCUGGUCACAAUGCUGGUGGCCUUCAACAGGAAAAGGAAUAGCGACCGUCUUGGAAACGGAGUCCUGUAUGCCUCAGUCAAUCCAGAGUACUUCAGUGCUGCAGAAAUGUAUGUACCAGAUGAGUGGGAGGUGGCGCGGGAGAAGAUUGCCCUGAGUCGAGAGCUUGGCCAGGGCUCGUUUGGUAUGGUGUAUGAAGGCCUGGCGAAGGGCGUGGUCAAAGACGAGCCAGAGACACGAGUCGCCAUCAAGACUGUCAACGAGUCCGCCAGCAUGAGAGAGAGAAUAGAGUUUCUCAAUGAAGCCUCCGUCAUGAAGGAGUUCAACUGUCACCAUGUGGUUCGUCUCCUGGGAGUGGUCUCUCAGGGUCAGCCCACUCUGGUCAUCAUGGAGCUGAUGACAAGAGGAGACCUUAAGAGUUACUUGCGCUCCCUCCGACCUAAAGAGACACAGUGGACGAGCCUGUCUCUCCCUCCUCUGAAGAAGAUGCUUCAGAUGGCAGGGCAGAUCGCUGAUGGCAUGGCGUACCUCAACGCCAACAAGUUUGUCCACAGAGAUCUGGCAGCCAGGAACUGCAUGGUGGCUGAGGACUUCAUCGUUAAGAUUGGAGAUUUUGGCAUGACCAGAGACAUAUAUGAGACGGAUUACUACCGCAAAGGUGGUAAGGGUCUGCUCCCUGUCCGCUGGAUGUCACCAGAGUCCCUGAAGGAUGGAGUCUUCACGAUUAACUCUGAUGUUUGGUCGUUUGGGGUUGUACUGUGGGAGAUCUCCACUCUGUCUGAGCAGCCGUACCAGGGUCUGUCAAAUGAGCAGGUGCUCCGCUUUGUAAUGGACGGAGGGCUGCUGGAGAAACCACAAAGCUGUCCUGACAUGCUGUUCGAACUGAUGCGAAUGUGUUGGCAGUUCAAUCCUAAGAUGCGUCCAGCCUUUGUGGAGAUCAUCAGCAGCAUCAAGGAUGAACUGGAGCCGUCGUUCAAAGAGGUUAGUUUCUUCUACAGCGCUGACAACAAGCCGACCGAGGAGCAGCAGGUCCACCUGGACAAAAUGGACAGCAUUGAAGAUGUUCCUUUGGACCAACCUUCGUCCACACAGCCACAGCAAUCCCUAGUCCCCCAACAGACCCCGCCCUCCCCGAGCUCAGAGGCUCCACCUGCCCCCUCACUGAGCCCCAGCUCCCCUUCCACUCCCUGUACAUCAACCGCUGCCAUGGACAAGCAGGCGACAGGCCAGCAGGCGGCCAACGGGCUGUCGGGUCCGAGCCUUGCAGCAGGGUCAGAGCUCGGGACAGGCGCGGGCGCCACAAUGCGGCCAUCUCUGGAGGAUCUGCCGCCGUAUGCACACAUGAACGGUGGACGCAAAAACGAAAGGGCCAUGCCCCUCCCGCAGUCUUCUGCUUGCUGA